AUGGCUGCCUGGCUUGACCUCGUCAAUGAGCAUGAAGCAUGGAAUCUAGUUGAUACCAACCGCCUGGAACAACUAGUGCAGGAAUUGCCUUAUCCGAAAUGUCAAUAUCCGUCCCUAUUGUACUUUACUGGAAAUUCAAACCGCAUGAAGGCCUUACGGGCUCUGUUUCCCUACAAUAAUAUCACGCGAAAAGGCCCCGCAGGCUUAAUCCGUCUCCAUCUCAGCACCAAGACUGCCCAUACACAGAAUCCUAUAUUAUUUGCUGAAAGCAGUCUUUGCCUCGAGCAAAGCCUGGGCGAUUCAAAAUGGCUCAAGCAUUCAAUGACAAAACAUCGAACCUUCUCAGUGGCCAGUGCAGAAGGGACGUUGUCCUCCGCAAAGCUACAGCAAGAAGUCAAGAGACAGUUUGUUUUGCCAUGGAGCCAAAUCCUGUGUUUGUUCCUCGAUUCCACCUCAGACAUCCAAGCCGCAAGAAACUUGCUCCAGCAACCACGUCGACAGCUGACCAUUGGCGGUGAAGUGAUACCAUCUCCCAUGCGGAUAGCCAUUGUUGUGACCAACGGCCAACAAGCAACCAAAACCUUCGUCCAGGAAUGCGCACAGCUCCAAAGCCUAACCAAGUCUGGAACAGUCACUGUUCUCGAUCUGAGUCCACGUAGCGGACUGUCCGACAGUGUCGCUUUUGAGCCACUGCACACCUUGAUCCUUGACCAGCUCAAUAUAGUUCAAUCAGAGCAAGUGUCAAAUUAUCGACAUUUCUCAGCAUCCCAUCUCUGUGCUUUCUGGAGCACUCGUUUACAAAACCACGAAUGGAUCCUGGAUGCACCACCAUGUGAUCUUUUAGCAAGAGCCCGGAAGGACUUUACGACAAAUGAAACAGUGCACGAUUGCCUGCGAGAAAUCACGCGGAAUGCAACAUCCGCCGGCUACUCAAAGGAGGAUUUUGAAGAUCUUGUAGCGUCGGCUUUCUUGAUGGAGGCUUAUCCCCCGGGAAUGCAUGGUAAUACCAUUUUCUCUAACCUGAUUCCCAUGCUAAUGUUCACAGGAUUUUCGCCUACCGUGAUAUUCGAGACGCUUUAUGAGAAGCUCUGCCACAGCAUCUGGGACGGUGACUUCAAACACUAUGUUGGUGGCGUAUCAUCCUGCUUCGGCCAAUAUUUUGCAGAGUUGAGCCCUAUUCGGACAUCAGCAUCCAUUCGAAAAGAGACAUUGCAUCGCAUGUAUCGCAGAUGUGGUGGACUUCGCUCUACCACUACUUGUUUUGUCUGUCUGUGUCGCCCACCAGAGCAUAUGCUCCCUUGCAAACAUACACUGUGCGACACGUGUGUUGUGAUCUUUGGGAACUCAAGUUCGCUUGGAGAGUACCAUUUCGACAUUACACAAUGCCCCAUCUGCGAUGAAAGGUUCAACAUCACUAUUCGCCAGCUACCUCCGACCAAGCACCCGGUGAUUCUCAGUUUAGAUGGCGGAGGGGUGCGCGGCAUAAUUCAAUUAGGGCUGUUACGGGCUUUAGAGAAGCGCAUUGGCAUUCCGAUUGCGUCUCUGCCGGAUCUGUGCACUGGAACUAGUGUAGGCGCAUUGUCGACGAUUGACCUUGUUCUCAAUCAAUCUUCAGUCACGCAGUGUUUCAAUGCGUUCCCGGACCUGGCGCGAAACAUUUUUCGUCGUUCAUCAAAAAUCCCAAUUCCUCGUUGUAUCCGGUGGCUUGCCUCGGCGUUCAACUUGACCACAGAUGGUCUUUAUGACUCCGAUGGGCUGGCACAAAUCUUCAAAGCAGCUGUUGGCCCAUCUCGUCGCAUGUUCGAUGUUGCCACGGCUCGCCGUGCGGGUUGCCGGAUCGCCAUUGUGGCAAGUCGCACCUCCGAUGGUAAAGCCUGCGUAUUGGCCAAUUACCGAGGAAUAGGACCGCGCACCGCGAAUACCGCGUAUCAAUUUUUGGCGCCACAUGACGACCAGGAGAAUCCUUUUGUAUGGGAAGCAGCAAUAUGCAGUGUUGCAGCACCCUUUUACUUCCAGACAAAGAAUUUGCCAGGCCUUGGUGUCUUGCAAGAUGGUGGG